AUGCUGUCACCGAUCUUCAUUUCAAAUCCCUCCCCAGGUUUGUCCUUUCUUGGGAUAGUGCGGGGCUUCCAGCUAGCUAUAGUUGGAGUUGUACAAGGUAUACAAAAACCUAGAUUUAGCUUUUUCAGUAGUAAUGACAGUUUUCGUAGAUUUAUAGUAGACUUUGUUAUAAUAGAGCUUAUAAUAGCUAUACCAACCAUUUCGCUUUCGUUCACUGUGAAUUUUAUCUCCCUAUUCACUUUUAAAGACUACUCCAACAUGUACAAGAGUAUUGAGUAUGUGAUGUAUGAUGUGAUUAACAUUAACUUUAUUCUUCUAAGCAUGAUGUCUGUGCUCCGGUCCGUCAAGCGAGAUGAAAAGUUCUUCUAUGAUAGUUUGAACUAUUUUGAUGAAUCUUUUUGUCAAAGCCUACUUGAGAUAGAGCAAUGGAAGAAGCUGUCAGCUGUCAACGAGGUACCAAUAUACAGCCCUACAUAUGUAAAGUUCCGUCCAUUUGAAUAUAUUAUUGCAAAGCUCGAAGAGUUAGGUUUGAUAGAAGCUAACAAUCAAAACUUACAGGCGGUCCAAAUAUAUACAAAGUUAAUUAUCAACAACAUUAUUAUGGGAAUUUUGUUUAGCUUCCCAAGAUUUGGACAUGUAAUAUCAUUGAUUGUCAUGUUGCAGAAUUUGCUUAAUGUGGUGAGCUUUACAUCUUCGCUAUUAAUAACCUUGGCUCUUUACAACGCAUCGCCUGAGUACACUAUAUUCCUAAUUGUAUUGUUUAACGAGACAUCAGCAAUGAUGCAUGUCCUAAUUGUCAAUCCAUUCUUCAAUACGAUGUCUCAGUUUACGAGUCAUGAGAGGAACCAAUGGAUCAAGUCCAGAGAAGGAGUUUUAUUCGGGUGGUCAUUAUUUUUCACUAUAGUAAGUAAAUACGCUCCCAGGUGCACUUUCUUCUGUGUCUUUGCUUCGAAGAUUAGUCUUGCGUACCUUGUAACAAAAGUAAGUGGUACACCACCGCAAGGAAAGAACCUCAUGAAUUGGACUUCGUCUCAAAUUGUCUGGAACAAAGAGGCCCAAAAUCAUGUCCUCAAUGGAGACUUUGUGAAUGAUUUCCAAUUCUAUAAGUUCAAGUUCUAA